UCCAUGCCCUUACUGGGAAGACAUGGAGCGCUAUGGACACAGUCUACACGAAUCCAGUAGGAAUCUCAACUAAAGACGUACAUAUUUCUUCAGUGAAGAAACAAACGUUUUGAGAGACUGAGAGAAAAGAACGGGUGGCCCGGGUGAGGAUGGAGUGUGUAUUUGACGCACAGAAUCUGAUCUCCAUCUCUUUGAGGAAAAUCCAAAGCUCCAGGACGCAGAGAGGAGGCAUCAAGCUCCACAAGAACUUACUGGUAACAUACGUACUGAGAAACGCUAGGCAGUUUUAUAUGAGCAAAAACUUGUCGCAGACGCAGAGGACGCAUCACUAUGAGGAUGUAUCUGCAGUCCGUGAAAGGCAAGACUAUUUCGAAUUGACUGGGAGCUUAACGGAGUUGGGCGAUGACUUCUACUGCAACUUUACUGGGGUUGAGUCGGACACUUGGCACUGCGGAGCGCACCAGCCCAACGGCCAGCCUGCAGAUGUGCCGCACCAAGACGUAUCUGCCUGCGCAAUGCUUUCACCAAGUGACUCAGACCUCAUGGUUUCGGAAGCCUGUUGGAGUUGUGCGGACAAACCAUCCUGGGAGUUACCUAUCCUAAACUCACAAGCCAACCAAAAGACUGUCCUGGACUUGGACACGCAUGUGGUGACUACUGUCACGAAUGGAUACUUUCACUCAGACUGUUGCGCGCAGUCAAAACAGCCGCAGGGCGCGCAGUGCUACAGUAAAAAGCGAAAGAUGGACACAAGUUAUCAUAUAGUUGACCCAGAGUUUUACUUGCCAGACUUUGGACCAGUGCCGUUUAAAAGGAUGAGGACUGAUGAUGAUUUACAUUCAGACUCGGACCAGUUGGACAACACAAACAUCUCCAACCUGAUCUCAGUGUUGGGUUCAGGUGGACUAUCUGAGUUUGUGAGUUGGCAGCAGACGGACCUUGAGCAAAUAUUCGCAGCUCAGACAAUUUGUUUAAAACAUACACUGUUAACAGGCAGCGGUUGGACCAGAGCAAUCGAAGCAUUUUGAUUUGUAUGAUGGUUUUUCUUUGUAUCGUUUUAUUUUAUUGCUUUCAAAUAAACCAUGACUGCAAUUCUC